AUGAGUUUAAACACUUCAAGUAAUGCUUCUGUUGAUACCCAAAGGUUGAAGAAUGUCUCACCUGAUAUAAAACAAAUGUUUAACAGUGAAGCAGAAUUGGAUAUUACAACUGAUUUCAGAAAGAAACUCCAUCGGGCUAAGAGAGAAAAAUUGGAAAUAACAACUAAGCACAAUGCAGAGCUGGCAAGCCUCGAGAGCCAAAUUGCCAAGCUACGCUCUGAAGUUGAAAAAGGAGAAGCAUUGCGACAAAGUUUGGAAUAUGAUCUGGCUGUUGCUAGAAAGGAAGCUGGUCUGGGAAGACGGGCUGCUGAAGAAAGGUUAGCUGAGGCACAUAAGAUCCAAGAAAAACUCUGUGCUCAGAAUACAGAACUUCAAGGAAGGGCAAAAGAGAUUGAGAAUGCAUUUCAGAUUUCCCAGCAGAAAUGGAACGAAGAAUGCAGAAGAUUUGAACAUGAUUUGGAAGAAAGAGACAAUAUAAUUCAAAAUUGCAAUCAAGAAUAUGAUUUACUUUUGAAAGAAAAGAGCAUACUAGAGAAAACACUGCAGGAAGCAUUGGAGAAACAUCUGCAGGAGAAGAAUGAAAUGGACUCUCAAAUCAGGGAGACAGCCUUGGAGGAGUUUAGAUUACAAGCAGAACAAUGGGAAGCAGAGAGAAGAGAGUUACAAUUUAUAGUCCAGGAGCAAGAUAGUGCUGUACAAAGUAUGCACAAGAAAGUAGAAAAAUUAGAAACCGAACACAUGGAUUGCUCUGACCUUUUACGGCGACAAACAAGUGAACUUGAACUUAGCACCCAACGAGAGGAACGUCUUCGAAAAGAAUUUGAGGCAACUACACUAAGAGUGAGGAAAUUAGAAGAAAAUAUUGAAGCAGAAAGAGCAGCACAUUUGGAAUCAAAAUUUAAUUCUGAAAUUAUUCAGUUGCGGAUUCGAGACCUUGAAGGAGCUUUGCAGGUAGAAAAGGCCAGCCAGGCAGAAGCUGUUGCUGAUUUGGAAAUGAUCAAGAAUGAAUUCAAAGAAGUUGAAAGUGCAUAUGAGCGAGAAAAGCAUAAUGCACAAGAGAGCUUUGCAAAACUAAGUUUAGUAGAAAGAGAGUAUUUUUCCAAAAACAAGAAACUAAAUGAAGAGAUUGAGGAGCAGAGGAAAGUAAUUACAGAUCUUUCAAAGAGACUCCAGUAUAAUGAAAAAAGUUGCAGUGAAUUACAGGAAGAACUUGUAAUGGCUAAGAAGCACCAGGCAUUCCUCGUAGAGACAUGUGAAAAUAACGUGAAAGAAUUGGAAUCAAUCUUGGACAGCUUUACUGUGUCGGGCCAGUGUACAUCAGGCGUCCACAAAGACAAAGCUAAACCUCCCAGCUUCUCUGUUGUCCUUGAGACUCUGAGGCGUACCUUGACAGAUUACCAGAACAAGCUGGAAGAUACAUCUAAUGAGCUAAACAGUGUGAAUGACGCCAAGGAAAAGACAUCUACUGAACUUGAUUCUACCAAACAGAAGAUAGAAUCUCACACUAAAAAUAUAAAGGACCUUCAGGACAAACUGGCUGAUGCCAAUCAGGAGUUGAGUCAUUUACACAGUAAGUGUGCAGACAGAGAGGCUCUGGUCGGCACUUUAAAAGUGGAGCUACAGAACGUGCUACACUGCUGGGAGAAGGAGAAGGCACAAGUGGUCCAGUCCCAGUGUGAACUGCAGAAGCUUUCCCAGGCUUUCCACAAGGACUCCGAGGAGAAGCUAACCUUCCUUCACACCUUGUACCAGCACUUGAUAGCAGGCUGUGUGCUCAUAAAACAACCAGAAGGCAUGCUGGAUAAAUUCUCCUGGUCUGAGCUUUGUGCAGUCUUGCAGGAGAAUGUUGAUGCCCUGAUCGCAGACCUCAACAGGGCUAAUGAGAAGAUAAGUCAUCUGGAGUAUAUCUGUAAAAACAAGUCUGAUACGAUGAGAGAGCUUCAGCAGACCCAAGAGGACACCUUCAACAAAGUGGCUGAGCAGAUCAAGGCCCAGGAGGGCUGCUGGCAGAAGCAGAAGAAGGAGCUGGAGCUGCAGUACUCGGAGCUCCUCCUGGAGGUGCAGAAGAGGGCACAGAAAUUUCAAGAAAUUGCUGAAAAAAAUAUGGACAAAUUGAACCACAUUGAGAAGUCACACGAACAGUUGGUUCAUGAAAACUCUCGCAUCAAAAAUGUGUUAUCACAGACCCAAAAGGAACAAACAUCCUUGCUGGCAGCCUGUGCCCUGAUGGCUGGUGCCUUGUACCCUCUCUACAGCCGGUCGUGUGCCUUAUCUACACAGAGAGAUUUUCUCCAGGAUCAGGUCAACACCUUCGAGUUGUUCAAAUUGGAAAUUAGAACUCUAGCCCAGGCUUUGUCAGCUGUAGACGAAAAGAAGCAAGAGGAAGCCAAGAUGAAGAAAAAAACAUUCAAAGGAUUGAUACGUGUAUUCCGGAAAGGUGUUAUUGCAAUUUUGGCAGCAAACAGACUCAAGGUUUUGGGCCAAUCGUGUGCUUCUCUUUUUACCUGGAUGGAGAGUUUUAAAGACGGCAUAGGCAUGUUGGUGUGUACAGGAGAACCCAAAGACAAGCAUAAAUUUCCAAAACAUCAAAAGGAGCAGUUACGCUGUUUGCAAGCGCUUAGCUGGCUCACCAGUUCUGACCUUCUUGCUGCCAUAAUCACUUCCAUGGCUGAGUUACAGGAAGUCAUUAGUAAAACAGAUCCAAAUUCUAGAAUUUGUGGACAUUUACUUAUAGGUGCAGCCAAGAAUUCUUUUGCAAAACUCAUGGAUAAAAUUAGUUUGGCAAUGGAGAGCUUACCUUCGCACUGUAGCAGCAGGAGUAUUACACACGUGGAAAAGGAUUCCCUGGUUCAGAGGUUGGCCCGAGGACUUCAUAAAGUGAACACGCUGGCCCUGAAAUACGGACUGCAGGCCCAUGUGCCCAUUUUGAAAAGCACAGCAUCGCUACAGAAGCAAAUCUUUGGAUUUACACAAAGGCUGCACGCGGCGGAAGUGGAGCGCCGCUCACUGCGCUUAGAGGUCACAGAAUUCAAACGAAACGUGAAUGAGAUGAAAAAGGAGCUUGACAAAGCCCAGGGUCUCCAAAUGCAAUUAAAUGAAUUUAAGCAUUCUAAAUUGAUCACCCAUGAGAAGUUUGAAAGUGCAUGUGAAGAACUGAAUAAUGCAUUAUUUCGGGAACAGCAGGCACAAAUGCUCUUGAAUGAACAGGCACAGCAACUGCAGGAGUUGAAUUAUAGACUUGAAUUGCAUUCCAGUGAGGAAGCUGACAAAAACCAAACUCUGGGAGAAGCUGUUAAGAGUCUCUCCGAGGCAAAGAUGGAGCUGAGAAGAAAAGAUCAAUCUCUGCGUCAGCUCAAUAGACAUCUUACCCAGCUGGAGCAGGACAAGCGUCGACUGGAGGAGAACAUCCACGAUGCCGAGAGUGCCCUCCGCAUGGCAGCCAAAGACAAAGAUUGUGUUGCCAAUCAUAUGAGAACAGUAGAAAAUAUGCUUCAUAAGGUCAGAGAUCAGAUCUCGCUGUCACGGACUGCGGCAAGUAGGAAUGACUUCACCCUGCAGCUCCCCAAACUGCACCUGGAGACCUUUGCGAUGGAGGGGCUCAAGGGCGGGCCAGAGGUUGUAGCGUGCCAGGCUAUGAUUAAAAGCUUCAUGGAUGUCUAUCAGCUUGCAAGCACCAGAAUUGCAACCUUAGAGAAAGAAAUGACAUCUCAUCGAAGUCACAUUGCAACCUUGAAAUCAGAACUUCACACAGCUUGUUUACGUGAAAAUGAAAGUUUACAAUCAGCAGGAUCACGAGACCAUUCAAAUAUCUCAAUUCAUUCAAGAGCUGCUCUUCCUGCUGACACAAUUGGUGCUGCGGAGUUUUUGCCAUUGAAAGCUGAACUUGAUACAACUUACACUUUCUUAAAGGAGACAUUUAUAAAUUCUGCACCCAUGACAGCAUCUCACUCCUCUCCAGUAACUUCAUCUGCUAACGCCAAAAGACCAACUCAGAUUGGAUUAUGA